AUGCGAAGGCACAUGACAUCACACGCUGUGUUUGUUGGUGUUUGGUGGCCUGUCGUAGCGAUAACUGCCACUUCCUUCUUUCCCCCAACCUCGGGAUGCAACUUGACAUCAACUUUAUCGCCAACUCAACUCUCCAGAGGUCAUAACAUAUCCAAAAUCAUGGAUCCUCGCCCCUAUCAUGUUCUGAGCUACGGCACCCUUUUAGGGACACAGUUCUACCAGUCUUUUGUCGGAGGCUUCGUUGCUUUCCGCGCCCUUCCGCGGCCACAGUUCGCUAGUCUGCAGACCGCCAUCUUCCCCAUCUACUUCUCACUGCAAACUGCGCUGCCUGUAGUGGUCGCCUUGACUGCUUCCCACGGCGGACAGGUAUUGGGUCUGUCUGGUCUCGCUGCACCUGAGAACCGCCUUAACACCCUUUUGCCUCUGGCAACUGUGACAGUGACUGGGUUGGUGAACAUGUUCGUGUUGCGUCCCAUCACCACCAAUGUGAUGCGCGAGCGCAAGCAUCAAGAAUCCCGUGAUGGAAAGAGGAGCUACGACCCGGCGCCUCACUCCAAGGAGAUGCUGGCCCUGAACAAGAAGUUCGGCCGGGUGCAUGGCAUCUCAAGCUUGGUCAACUUGGUCAGCCUGGUUGCUACGAUCUGGUACGGUGUCGUGCUAAGCAAGAGACUUGAGUAAUUUGACAACAGCAAUCAAUGGCGAUACUCAAUAGGAAGUUCGAUGCAUAUAGCCCUUGUGCACAUUCCGUUCAUUUUCCCCCUCUUGUCUACUGUAUAAAUGAAAAUACAUGAUCCGUUUGACACUUUAA